GACAGCGACAGCGACAGCGGAGGGAGGGCGCGGCACCGCCGAGGGAGCCCCGCCGCGGGGGCCGCCACCCGCGCCGCCGGGGAUGCUGCGCUGGGUCCGGCAGCAGCUGGGUUUUGACCCACCGCAUCAAAGCGACACAAGAACUAUUUAUAUAGCAAAUCGUUUUCCCCAGCAUGGCCAUUACGUUCCUCAGAAGUUUGCAGACAACAGAAUCAUAUCAUCCAAGUAUACAGUGUGGAAUUUUGUUCCAAAAAACUUAUUUGAGCAGUUCAGAAGAGUAGCCAACUUUUAUUUUCUCAUUAUAUUUUUGGUUCAGCUCAUGAUAGAUACCCCUACCAGUCCUAUUACCAGUGGAUUGCCAUUAUUCUUUGUCAUUACUGUUACAGCCAUAAAACAGGGCUAUGAGGACUGGCUACGACAUAAAGCAGACAAUGAGGUCAACGGUGCUCCAGUUUAUGUUGUUCGAAGUGGUGGCCUUGUGAAAACCAGAUCUAAAAACAUUCGGGUGGGGGACAUUGUCAGAGUAGCCAAAGAUGAGACUUUCCCUGUUGAUCUGGUGCUCCUGUCGUCUGACCGGGCGGACGGUUCAUGCCACGUUACCACUGCAAGUUUGGAUGGAGAGACCAAUCUUAAGACUCACGUUGCAGUCCCAGAAACAGCAGUGCUGCAGUCUGUUGCCAACCUGGACAAACUGGUAGCUGUUAUAGAAUGUCAGCAGCCAGAAGCAGAUCUAUACAGAUUUGUUGGAAGAAUAACUGUAAGUCAACAAGCUGAAGAAAUAGUACGACCUCUUGGGCCUGAAAGUCUCUUACUUCGUGGAGCAAGAUUAAAAAACACUAAAGAAAUAUUUGGUGUUGCUGUGUAUACAGGUAUGGAGACAAAGAUGGCAUUAAAUUACAAGAGUAAAUCUCAGAAACGGUCAGCAGUAGAAAAGUCCAUGAAUUCCUUUUUGAUUAUUUAUCUAAUAAUCCUCCUCUUUGAAGCCAUUCUGAGCACUAUUUUAAAGUAUGCAUGGCAAGCUGAAGAGAAAUGGGAUGAGCCUUGGUAUAAUGAAAAAACAGAGCAUGAAAGAAACAGCAGUAAGAUCCUGAGAUUUAUUUCAGAUUUCCUUGCUUUUCUGGUACUUUACAAUUUUAUCAUACCCAUUUCACUCUAUGUGACUGUUGAGAUGCAGAAAUUUCUUGGAUCUUUUUUUAUUGGCUGGGAUCUUGACCUCUACCAUGAAGAAACAAACCAGAGAGCACAAGUAAACACUUCAGACCUCAAUGAGGAAUUGGGACAGGUAGAGUAUGUGUUUACAGACAAAACUGGUACAUUAACUGAAAAUGAGAUGCAGUUUCGGGAGUGCUCCAUUAAUGGCAUAAAAUACCAGGAGGUCAAUGGCAAACUAACUCCAGAGGGAUUUUCUGAAGAUUCUCCAGAUGGAAAUAGGCAUGGUUUGGUGAAAGAGGAAGAGCUCUUCUUGAAAGCGGUUUGUCUGUGUCACACAGUGCAGAUCAAUGCAGAUCAGACAGAUGGUGCUGAUGGUCCCUGGCAUGCCAAUGGAAUAACAUCCCCGCUGGAAUAUUACGCUUCUUCACCAGAUGAGAAGGCUUUAGUGGAAGCUGCGAGCCGGGUCGGAGUAGUAUUUACUGGAAUUAGCGGAGACAGUAUGGAAGUAAAAAGUCUUGGAAAACCAGAGAGGUAUAAAUUGCUUCAUGUUCUGGAGUUCGAUCCAAAUCGCAGACGAAUGAGUGUCAUUGUCGAGAGUCCCUCAGGGGAGAAGCUUUUAUUCACAAAAGGAGCAGAAUCUUCCAUUCUUCCUCGUAGUAAGAGUGGAGAAAUAGAUAAAACGAGGAUACAUGUGGAUGAAUUUGCUUUGAAAGGCCUAAGAACUUUGUGUGUGGCCUACAGAAGAUUCACCCCUGAGGAGUACCAAGAAAUUGGCAAACGCCUUCACGAGGCCAGGACUGCCUUACAGCAGCGGGAAGAGAGAUUGGCAGAUGUGUUCAACUUCAUAGAAAGGGAUCUGGAACUGCUUGGGGCUACAGGAGUAGAAGACAAACUGCAGGAGAAAGUCCAAGAAACUAUAGAAGCCCUCAGGCUGGCUGGCAUCAAAGUGUGGGUGCUCACUGGAGACAAGCACGAAACAGCUGUUAGCGUCAGUUUAUCCUGUGGACACUUUCACAGAACCAUGAACAUCCUUGAGCUUGUGCAGCACAAGUCAGACAGUACCUGUGCAGAACAGCUGAGGCAGCUAGCCAAGAGAAUAAAGGAAGACCAUGUUAUCCAGCAUGGACUGGUAGUGGAUGGGACCAGCCUCUCUCUUGCACUCAGGGAACAUGAAAAGCUGUUCAUGGAAGUUUGCAAAAACUGUUCUGCGGUGUUGUGCUGUCGCAUGGCACCCCUUCAGAAAGCAAAGGUGGUUCGACUGUUAAAAACCUCUCCAGAGAAGCCCAUAACGUUAGCGAUCGGAGAUGGUGCUAAUGAUGUGAGCAUGAUCCAGGAGGCACAUGUUGGCAUAGGAAUCAUGGGCAAGGAAGGAAGGCAAGCUGUAAGAAAUAGUGACUAUGCAAUAGCACGGUUUAAAUUCCUCUCCAAGUUGCUUUUUGUUCAUGGGCACUUUUACUAUAUUAGAAUAGCAACCCUUGUACAGUACUUUUUUUAUAAGAAUGUGUGCUUUAUUACACCACAAUUUUUAUAUCAGUUCUUCUGUUUGUUUUCACAACAAACGCUCUAUGACAGUGUAUACCUGACUUUGUACAAUAUUUGUUUCACUUCCCUGCCUGUCCUCAUCUACAGUCUUUUUGAGCAGCAUGUGCACCCGCAUGUAUUGCAGAGUAAACCUGUGCUCUACAGAGACAUCAGUAAAAAUGCCCAUCUGGGGUUUAAACCAUUUCUUUACUGGACCAUCUUGGGCUUCUUUCAUGCAUUUGUUUUCUUUUAUGGCUCGUAUCUUCUAAUGGGAGAAGACACCUCUCUGCUGGGAAAUGGCCAGAUGUUUGGGAACUGGACAUUUGGUACUUUGGUCUUCACCGUUAUGGUUAUAACUGUUACGAUGAAGAUGGCACUAGAAACUCACUUCUGGACAUGGAUAAACCAUUUUGUUACUUGGGGAUCCAUUGUAUUUUAUUUCAUAUUCUCCUUGUUUUAUGGGGGAAUUAUCUGGCCAUUUUUACAUACCCAGGACAUGUACUUUGUAUUUGUUCAACUGUUGUCAAGUGGUUCUGCUUGGUUUGCCAUAAUCCUCAUAGUAGUUGCUUGUUUGUUUAUUGAUGUUGUGAAGAAAGUGCUGUACAGACAUCUGCAACCAACAAGUACUGAAAAAGCUCAGCUUACUGAGGCAGGUUCAGGUAUCAACUGCUUGGACUCCAUGUGCUGCUUCUCAGAUGGGGAAACAGCAUGCACAUCUGUUAGAAGAAUGCUGGAACGACUAAUGGGAAGGUGUAGCCCAAGCCGGGUCAACAGGUGUGGCAUUUCUCUCAAUAGCCUUUGCUGCAGACGAUUCUCCUAUAAACUGGAACCUGAUGAGCCUGCAGCAAUAGAUGUCUAGAAACCAGCUGCAGGUUUUGCUUUUCUAAGUAGAAAGCGCAGCUCUUUAUUGUACUUUUUUCAUCCUAAAAGAUUAGCUUGUUUCUUUUUGAGUGGUUUCUUUUGGGAUGGGGAGGGGAAAACCGAUUUUCGAAAGAUUUCUGUUGAAGUGUUUAGUUUGGCUUUACAAGCUCUUGUGUUGUAUCUAUCGUAAUUUCUCUUGAUUUGUACAUUCUUCUCUUUAGAAAAUCAAGCCUUGCUGCUGUUUUUGUUCUCCUUUUUACGAUUACUUUUUUGCCUUCACGAAUCAGGAGUUGUUUGUAAAGUCAAAAGACUUCUCCCUUUGGUUCUUGAUGUACAACCUCCAAAUAUUUACCUUGGAGCUUGCAUUACUCCUGAAGGUGUACAAAAGGCUCACGUUCCCCCCCUUAAAUCUAACUUCAUUGUUAGGAGGAGAGCCUUUAAAUCUUUCAGCCAUUGAUUGAUAUGAAGAUGAAAUAUUUUUGUAGUAUAACUUUUAUAAUCUAUUUCUAAAAUCAGAGUGAUUGACGGAACAGAGUCUUCAGGUUCUAAGAAUUUUCAAUGUUUUUUGGGUUCCAGAAGGUAUAUUGUCAAAAUCAUGUGUGCCAUUCCGAAGUAUGUGCUAAAUAAACCUUUCACAAACCACGUGUGAAACAAACGUCAGUGGCGUAAAAGCACGCUGAGUAAUUGAAUAUGUGUGAGCAGCCCAGCUGGGAGAGGAGCUCUCACUGAAUCCUCCCGUGUGCCAUCUCCCCAUUUCCAAACAAAGAGGGAUAGCAAACAAAUAUGGAAAUAUUUGGGGGUAGAAAUAAAAAUAGCCGUUUGUACAUCGUAAUCUCUGUCCCUGAAUGAUAUCAUGGUCCUUCAUUGGUCAAAAGGCAAACCUGAAAACACUGAACUUCACGCAUUUUCAAGGAAACUCAUUUUGUAUUUGAAGAACUUUGUCUCUUUCAGUUAAAGGUUGUGAUAUCAUUCACUGGGUAUCAGAUCCUGUGUGGGUAAUUUUCCCUGACAGCUUUGUCAGCUCUGGUUCUGCCUUUAGGUAUUGCCUGGUCUGUAGCUCAUCUCUGUUGGAACUCUUGUGUUGAACACGGUGUCUGUGCUUUCAGUCAGUCUCUCUCUUCUGGCUUGCUUAUGAAAUUUAUUCAGUGUUUCUACAAAUCUAGGGUAUGAGUAUGCAAGAAGUUUCAUUCCAUAUGAGAAACGAACUGUUACAAUUAAAUACAUUUUUAAUUCAAACUUGCUGUGUAGAAAGCCGGCAUGAUGUGUAAAAUAAACAGUUUAAUAGAAUUUUUAUUCUACAAGGUGAGCAUUUAAUUGGUCUAAAAAUCAACAUUUUGGUAGCAGUUGCUCUAACUUUUCUGGGUUUUUUUUCACUUCUCUGUAAAACUGUGCUUUCCAAAUGAGAAAUUUCUUAUGCUACUUCUUUUCACUUAUAGUUAUCUAAUUAAGGAAGGUUAUUAGUUAACAAUUGCCUUAGUAACCUGUAGUCUUAUAAGGUAGGUAUUCUGUGUUUUGUUUUCUGCAAUGUAUUUGCAGUUUUACAAUUUUCUCUUUGUUCCACUCAAUUUUUCUUUCCUUAAGAACUUAAAAAUACUUAUUGAAGCUAACUCAUAUUUGACAGAAUAUUAAACACUUUUUUCGAGACUGCUUUUUCUCAGGUUUCUUUUCUGCUUAUCUCAUGUAAUUUGUAGAUGAAGUUCCAUCUAGCCAAAUAAUUUUAGAGUUCUUAGCCCAUUAGGAUUAAGUUCAAUGAAUAUGCAAAACUAUCUUGGUGCUACACUAAGGGCUGUGGGUUUUGCUUUUGCCUCUGGUUGAAACUGCUCUGAACAAUCUUCUAGUUUCACUUAAAUUUAUGUACAGUACAAAUAGAAAAGAGAUUUUUUUGAAGUCAGUCAUAUUUAUUUUCUCCAAUGAUUUCAGCUCCUUCCACUCAGUAUUGACACUUAAAACCUGGUCUAAAAGUCAAGGGACAAUUUUCCCCCUUAUACUUUUGUUGCUAAUAUGAGAAAGUCUUUAUUCAUUUUUUAAAUUACUAAUUGCUUAAAUCACAUGAAGCAGUUACAAGUUGUGAAAUGCUGAAGGUACAAUUAAGAAAACUGUUGGGUGAUUUUAAAAUGGUUUAGGCUUUGUUCACGAGCUUGAGCUGCUUUGUUUUUCAUCCAAAUUUCCAGAAGAUUGUGCAGUCCCUAACAAGAUGGUCUUUUGAGUACUUGUACUCUGUAAAACAGCUAAGUAUUCAACCAGGAGGUAGCUGCAAACUAUUUUUGUUGAUUGAAGUGAUGCUGAUGAAUAUGUUGUUUGUGCAAGUGCUGUGGAAUGAAGAGCACUAUUUAAAAUAACGUUGCUGUAGCCAGCUUGUGUUGUAUUCUCUGCUCCUGAUAUUCUGCCAGAUAUGAUAUUCUGUCAAAUAUGAUAACAUGGAAUCAAACACUGUAUCAAAUUUUGAUAAAAACUUUGAAUCAAAGUCGUACAAAUGCUUGGAGUAGCGGGCCACAGGAAUAUAGUCUCUUGUGCUUAAUUUACUGCUUGUAAAAUGUAUUUGAGAAGUAUUUUCUAUAGCUUCAUUCACCAGUUAGAAUAUAAAAUGUGUGGUGUGGUAUGUUAAAAUGCAUUUUUGUCUGUCUGUUCCAUUAAAUUGUCUGUCGACUUGUCAGUCACUAAACUAUUAAGAAUGCUGGAUCACACACAUUACUUGUACAGUAGGAAUCAUUGCUGAAUUGUUGGGUCUGCCAUCAGUGGUUCUUGUGUCGAGGCACUGCAUGGAACAGUUCUAAAGAAACAGCAGAUUUCUGACAGAGCCUAAUUUGGAGGAUAAGCUCGUUGUGUUUUUGAUUUCCUGCCUUCCAAACUUCUUCAGCUUUUCCCAUAGAGUCCUAUAAUGCUGUCCAGCCAAGAACAGUAUUUCUUCCCAGGCAGUAAUGUGUCCUCAAGUGAAAGACCCCUCUGAGUCAGCAGCUGUGGCCUCUGGGGUGGUUCCCUGAUGUUUUGAAGUGUAACAGAAGGGAUGAAACAAGUUCCUGGCUGGAGAUAAGUUCUGCCUCCCCCACGUUUUCCCGCUGGGACGCGGCUGUGCCGGGGUUCCAGGGUUGGCUCUGUGCUCCUCAGGGCUCUGCUGGAACGGCCUCACGGUGCCUCUGUGCACAGGCAGCAUUCACAGCCUCCCGAGCCACAGCACUAAAACUUCAGCUGCAAAAUAGGCAUAAAAACCUCUGCUUAAUUCAUAGUGAUGGCAAUAGCUGUAGCUGUGUGCUAAUUACACAGCAGGCAUGAAUUGGCCUCUGUUUCCAAAGGCUGGAAUGAACUGCAGGUAACUACAUGAAAUUAGCAGAUUAGUCCUUUAAAGAGGCGCAUUUGCCUGCUCUCCUAAGACUUUUACCUUUUGCUCUCAUAGAGUGUCUCCUCACCUCUAGAGUACAAGUUCCCAGUCAGCCAAACUUUUCUUUUAUUGUUACUUUAGAUCUUGGAGUUCAUCGGAUCCCUUCUAUGCCAACGACAGGAGCAUCCUGACUCUCUCCACAAUGGACUCAUCCACUUGCUGACAGGGACAUUUUUGCAUGCCUUGUGGAAGCCAUGUGGUGCUCACACACCUGUAGCAGGUGCUGAGGCGAGCUCAGUGUGCGGCGCUGCCCUAGGAAAGCCCAGAGGACUCCUGAGUCCAGGCAGGGCUUGUCUGGCCUGGCCUAAUCUGCACAGCAGUCACUUCCCAGGAGUUUUUUAAUUAUAUCUACAAAUUGCUAAAUAAGUUGGGGUUUUUUUAAGGAAUGCUUUUACCUUCGACCAUUUUAUCCUUUUUGUUGCCGUAUGAGCAGACUGGAAUCCUACGUUUAAUGCUUGAGACGUCCCUGUUAAGGCAAUGACAGAAAUCUUUCUCCUCCCAAAUUUGAGUGAUCAAAUUUGAAUCAAUUUGAAUCUCCACAAUGAAACUUCUGAAAGUUGUGUUUUUCAUGAUGACCCUUCCCUUUAAACACACGUUCAUUUUGAGCUGUCUUGCAGAUGCUGUCUUAGCAGUCUGCAAAGCAAUUUUGUUACUUCUGUGGACAGUUUCUGUAUUCUAUAAGCAAUCAGUUUAGUAAUUUUUCAGAGUUAAAUGCAAUUCAAAUAUUUAUGCUGGUGUUUGAGUGGCAGUAUAUUAGCCAUUGCUUUGAAAAACACUCGACUGUGACAAAUCAGUCAUUUGGAAUAAUAAGGGAUAUAACAGUUCACUGUUGUUCUAAAGUACAAUUCAGAAACCGGUUAUCUUCUAUUAUAAACCGGUUAUCUUCUAUUAUGCCCUGUGUGUUUCAUUAACGGUUCUGGAUCCUGACAUGGAAAAAUUUGUUAAGAAUUGGUGGAUUGAGCAGAAGUCUCACUAGCAUAAAUUUUUUGAAUUAUUAAUCCUUUUAAAGUUGGGGAAUUUUUGCAUGUUUUGUUCUUUUUCAUGUAUUUAUAUUAGGUCAUGUUGUACUUUGAAGAUAUAAUUAAUGCUUCGUUAUCUCCGUCUGUCGGAAGGAUCCGAGACCUCGAUGGCAAUGUUUUGAUACCUGAGAAUGCCAAUAAAAACAAAUUGCACAGCUGGAGCUCCGGGUGGUGCAUCCUGCAGGUGCCUCCGUGUCCCAGUGCAGACGUGUCUGCAGGCUGGGGGCUGGGGAGCAGCACCAGUUCACUGUUCCCUCAGCCAGGGAGACUGAACCCGCUGCUUGUCCUGGGAUGUGGGAGAUGGAGGUGCUGCAAGGGCGCCUUAGGACCCUGCUGCUCCUGGCUGGGGGCUGGGAAAAGUGCUGCUGCUCCGGGACACCCCCUGACAUCUCUGACGGUGACAUCCCAUCCAUAACUGGAGUACUCGUCCUGUGGGACAGCUAGAAGUGUAAAAAUCCAUCUUGAAAUUAACUCUGGGUAAAAACUGUAAAUCUGGGCUGCUGCCAGGGGAGUGUAACCCUCUUGACAUCCCAGACUCUCCCAAGUUCAAUGAGCAAAGAACUGAUCCCGCCUUCCUGGGAUCAGAUCCUUCAGAUGCUGCUCCUCACCUCUGAACAGCUCUGCUGUUCAUUUUCCUGCCCAUGGCUUUAACUGGGAUUAUUUCAGCUCUCCUCUUGGAGCUUUGUUUUUGCAUUAGUGCCUGGCAGCUUCGCUCAGGCCUCGAGGCUGCAGGUACUGUGGAGUUUCCAAGAUCUCACUGCUCAAGGCAACAUUUGCGUAGGAAAGAAGUUGUCAUUGCAACUUUGUAGUUAAAUUUGUAGUGACUUGAACCUGCAGCACACAAGGGAAUUUUUUCACUGUUCUUGGUGAAGAUCAGUUCAGAAAUUAAGAAGCUUCUAAAUUAAAUUACAAGAUGAGAAGAAGAAACAAAAUUUAAAAGGAAACUUUCCUUUUAAAUACAUAUUUAAUUCAGCAUUCACAGCGCAUUUCUGUAUCAUGUCUUCAGAUGCCUGAGUGCAGCGAAGCUCGAGGUUGAAAAUGUCAGUGUGCUCUAGAUUCCCUCCAGCCAGUGCCUAGGGGAUGAAGAAACACUAAAACUGAGCCUUGUCUUCUCCUGCAGCAGGUAUGAACGUGACUAAUCCCACUGCACAGGGCUGAAAACCUGGAUCCAGCUGGAGAGGCAGUAACCUGCCGGUCAUCCCUCCAGAUCCCUCCAUAGUAGCAAAAUACACUUAUUACUCCUAUAACUUCCUUUAUACUUCAUAUCUAUAUUAAACCUGGGUUUAAAAUAGUGAUUUUCUUCCUAGUAGCUUCUCCUCCUAGGACUCUUCAUGCUGCCAUGGAUACCUAGGAAAUACAGAAUUAUUUUACUACUCUAAUCAGAUAUCUGCUGUUUAGCUGUAUUUUACACCUCAGCCACAGUGUCUCACUUUCCAGCAGUGCUUGUUUCCGUGUCAGGCACAGCAUUGUCCUGUCAGUGUGUGUCACCGUGUGCCCUCAUCCGUGCGUGUGGUUCGUGUGUCCUGCCCUGGCACCCGGACGCGUUCAUUGUGGCAGGGGAAGCAGAGGCUUGGCCAGAAACCUCACUCCAAGCAUUUCCACUGGCCCAGCUCUCUAGGUGAUGUAUUUUGGCUUUUACCACACCAGGGUGUUGAGUAGAUAAUGCACAAAAGCAGCACAGUCGUGUAUUUGAAGAAUAAUUUGCGCUCAUUAUGUGUUUCUUUAAAACCUUCCAUCUCCUCUCCUCCCUUUCCCCCUCCUUCCCCUUUUCCCAGUGUUUGUAAGGUUACCGAAGAAACUUGCAUUUAAACAAUUCAGGAAGGACUUAAGAAUCCAUCCCUCGGCCAAGGUAUAUUUUUCUCUUUGCAGUAAAUCUGAGUCAGUAAUGUCUCAUUGAAUAAGAGCAUAGAUGUGGUUUGCUUAAGGGCAGGUUUUUUGGUGUGACAAAUAACUUUGUGUGGAAGUCACCAGGAUUUUAUGUUGAUGUCGCAAGUAUUUUUGAAAAUGCUCCUAUUCGAGGACAAAAGACUUUGUGUACUCCUUGGAUAGGUGAAGUGUAGGAGCCAGUUCACUGUGCCCUGGGCACAGUGCAGAGUCCUUCAUGAGGGAAACUGAAAAAUCCAGCUAAUUCAGUGUAAUGCUGGCAUUCACCUCCCAGGGUGAUGGUGAACGGGUGGGGGAGGCUUUGCCAUGGGGAGGAAAUGUUCUAUUAUUUACCUUUUAGCCUUGAAAUCCAUAAAAGCCUGUAGUAGAUGUUUGUAGUUCAAAGCAAGAGUGGUGUACACUCACUUUACUAUGCAGUGUCCCUGAGGAAGCACCUUCUCCACAGCCACUCCCGAAUCUCUGCAGGUCAGUUCUGCCUCUGGGAAAAACAGGGUUUGGUUUUGUUACUUAGGAAAACAAUUUUAGUUGCCAAACUCAUGCUUUUAAGAGAAUUCAGUGGGAAAAAAAAAAAAACCACCUGAGAUGUUCUGAAUUGUUUUAAAAACUAAAAUGAAAAUAUCUUGCUUAAAAAUACUCUGUAUUUUUUAAGAUUGCAGCAGGGAAGGGGGAACAGAAGCUUCAAAGGAAGGAAUGCUGAAAACUUUGUUUUUUUCAUGUUCAGAAUUAUUUGAGAGAAGCUUGUGCAACUUAGAAUGCAUAUUAAGCACCUCUAAUUUCUUAUUGAAAAUAUUUGGUAAUACUUUCAAACUUUUUUUUUAUGAUAGUGUAACUCCUUUAUUGGAAAAAAAUACCAUUUUCUAGUGCUAGAAGUCUCAAAGCUGCAGCCUAAAUUACUUUUCAUAGUUCUAUCUGCUAUUGCUGUGCUUCUAAAUAUUUGUGAUUUUGGUGAAAUUCAGUGUUCCAAAGUGCUCAAGCAAAAUGUGCUUUUGAACCACUUAUUUCGAAGUUCUCUUUUUUUUGUGUAGAAUCCCUAAUAACUCACCACUGUCACUGCUCUCGCCACUGCUUUUUUACACAGAUUGUUACACGGGUGUCACUGUGUAGUAACUGCUCCUAGAGCGGGGCAAACCUUUCAUUAUAGCCUUUGUCCUGUUCCUAAAUUAUUUCCCAGCCACGCUCUCUCCUUUGCAGCUCCAGGCUGGGAAUUUUUUUCUGCAAAUGUUUUUAUUGUUGGUCGUUUCUCACGUUCCUCUGCCUCUGUUGUUUGCUCCCAGUGGCACGGUUGGGUUUGUGCUCUGGGGACGUCUCGGUUUGUAGCAGGGGCUCUGUCCGCUCUUGUCGCGCAUUUGCCAGAUGUGCCAGAUGUGCCAGGCUUCUGCUUUCUGUGGAUUUCUCUCUCCCUUCAGCUCAGUGCAGCUCCAAAGGCGUCGGGACUCGCUCAGAGCCGCGUGUGCUGCUGGGCUGUGUUGGUGCCAGCGCCCAGCUCCGGCCGUGUCGGGGGUGAAGAGCUCUGCGGGACGCGCGGGCGCCGCUCCUGGAGGCACAGAGCCAGGCUUGGCUGGAAGAGACCCUGGCUGCACCUCCAUGGCCCGGGGGUUUGUUCAUCUCUCCUCGGCACUUUCCAAGGAAAUUACUUCAAACCGGCAGCAGGUUCUCACCCUUUUUGCAUUUUGACAACAGGAUAAAAGAUGAUCUGUGGGGCAUGCAGUUGAAAAUGAGGCGCACCUUGCUGCAGGAGGAUCUUAUUUGUAUCUCAAAGAAUGUAUUUUUACAAUUCCUAGUUGCGGUUCCCAUGACAGAUUUCAGGUUUUAUGCAUACAGAAAUAUCAAAUCAUCAUCUAGACUCCUGUUUGUUCACUGACGUGGUACUGAGCUUGCUUCUUUGAAGAAAAAAAAAUAGAAUGGUCUCAUCUCUGCAAGAAGUACCUUUUAAAAGAUGUUGAACCUUAAUUUUAGGCAGAUUAGGGGCGCUGCCCACUGGAAAUGAGCAAUAAUACAAAGAAUUUUGGACCUCUGACACUGUGGCUGCCUCAUGUUAUUUUUGCUCCUCUGACAGCGAGGCUGUGUGCUUGCUCCUUGUACAGCUUGGUCAGUAGUUGUUUUGAAAAUGGUUUAUGAAAAUUAUAUUUAUUAAAUAAAACUUUCACUUCUA